AAUGAUUUGUGUUCAGUCGCUAUUUUCGUGGUAACUCUUUACGAGAGACGAUUCAAAAUGGCCAGAUAUUUCACGUAUUUGUUCACAAUUUUGCUCAUUUUCUAUAGUGACUGUUUUUUCAAUCACUUCGUUCAAUCACAACAAAAUCAGCCACAACAAAAUCAACAACAACAACAACAGAACCGGCCGCAACAGAAUCAACAACAGCAGCAACAACAGAACCGGCCACAGCAAAACCAACCACAGCCAAAUCAACAAAAUAGGCCGCAACAAGCUCAACAGCCACAACAAAAUGCUGCAAGACCAACGGUUUGUGCCAAAUUGGAUUUCAAUCGUGCAGCCAAUCCCGACUUCGGUCCAGAGUUUGUCACAAAACAGUAUAAGCCUGGGACACAACCUGCGCCAUUUAGACAACCGUUCAAAAACUAUCUAUCAGCUAAUGUGAAUGAUUUCACGUUUGGAAUUUCAAAAACAAAGUUUUCAUUGAGCCCAACUUCUCAUCUUGAGACGGCCGUUUUCUUCCAAUCAGUUGGAAAUGCCUUCUUCGAUAUCAUCGUAUAUGAUGUUUCAAACAAUCAACAAGAAAUUUUACAUGUCACCGGCACCAAAGGAUGGACCGUUCUAAAGAAGAAUAUUACGAAAAAUAUUCAAAAUGCUCGGAUCAAAAUGAAUGUGAAUAAUCUAACACCACAAUGUGUGCUGGCUAUUCAGUAUCUACAUAUUUUGAAUACGGCCAUUAAGACUCCCGACUGUAGUCCAACACCGCCACCUCCAACAAAGCCACCACCACCACGUCCACCAACAACCAUGAAACCACAAGUUACGCAAAAACCGGCAGAUCCACAACAAGUUUGGUUGUGGGCAAUUACUGCGACAUGUCUGGGCAUUGUAUUGAUUCUGCUUAUUUUGAUCGGAAUCUACUGCAUAAUGGAACGUCGAAAACGUUCGAAAAAUUUAGAAAGUUAAUGAGAAAAGAAUAAAAAAAAAUGUUGUUUUCCAACUCAAA